CCAGAGAUUCUGUCAUGUAAAAAUGCUUAAAUCAAAGUGCUUCUGACCAUUUUAAUAUAAAGUUAAAUGUAUGACUUCAAAGAAAUUCAGUUUGAGUGUAAUUUUGACAUUGAUUCUUUGAAAUUCACUAAGUGUUUGGGCGUUAUUGUGAUCCAAUAUGAUAUUAAAAAUGGUACCACAAUUCAAUACAAAACAAUCGAUCGUAAUCGUGUUUCUCUGUUUAAUCUCACUGAUGGUAAGCUGUGGACGUGGAACUAAUUGCAAGUGUGGAAAUAACUGUAAAUCUGGAAAAAUACAUUUAUCUAGAGUGGACUUAAUGAAAAGAUUCGGACAGGACGGAACAACAUUCAACGAUGGCAAAAGCUGCUACCGUGACUGUUCUGAUGACAAACCAAAGAUUUGCUAUUACGAAUUUAUGGUGGACACCUAUGACACAAUGUCAGGAUUAUGUCGCAACUGUGUGCAUCAAAAUAUCGAUGAUUGCUUCAAUAUCGGUUGCAUACCGGCAAACGGCGUUCAACGUAAUAUAAUGACAGUGAAUCGUAGAUUGCCUGGAAUGCCAAUUAAUGUUUGCAAAGGUGAUCGUGUCAUUAUCGAUGUUAUGAAUGAGUUACCUGGUAGUGAAACUGUCAUUCAUUGGCAUGGAAUUUUACAAGAGGAAACACCGUUUAUGGACGGUGUGGCAAUGGUAACACAGUGUCCGAUCCUAUCGGGAAACACAUUUCGCUAUGAUUUUAAUGUUCCACAACCUGGUUCUUUUUGGUAUCACUCACAUUCUGGAGUGCAGAGAGGUAACGGCAUUUUUGGAUCAUUUACAGUUCGCCAAGAAAAUGAUCCAAAUGCAAAAUAUUACGAUUACGAUAGAGCAGAGCACUCAAUCGUAUUGAGUGAUUGGAAUAACUUCUUGUCAGAAGAAUUUAUACCAGGGCACAAGAAUCAACCAUUACGUCCUGAUAGUAUUCUGAUUAACGGUUGUGGAAGUUUCAACAAUGUUCCAUUUGGAAAUUUCACUUUUGCACCAAUGGCAGUAUUUUAUGUUGAAAGAGGCAAACGACAUCUAUUCCGUCUUGUCAAUACUGGUUCACAUAAUUGUCCAAUGGAAUUUAGUAUUGAAGAACAUCGACUAAAAGUGACUGCAACAGACAGCUAUUCUAUUAUUCCAGUAACAGUCGAUCGUAUAGUUAGCGCACCGGGAGAACGCUACGAUUUUGUUAUGGAUGCAAGAAGCGACCUACAAACAAAAAACAUUUUAGUGGAGAAAUUGAUGCGAGUACGUGCUUUGGGAGGUUGUGAAAAUUUGAAGCUACAAGAAUUCGCUCGAAUCAUUUUCGUAGACAAUUUAGAUACUUUUGAACAUCGAAUUCAAGAUCAGACACCAUUGGUUACAAGACCAAGCUAUAAAUCACUAGAUGAUCCAACAGUAUCUUACUUGAAUCAUCCGCAUACGGAUUGCACUGAUCAAAAUUCGAACAGCUAUUGCGUGGCUGCUUUACAACAAAAACAGAUACCAUACCCAACUGGAGGAAAUUUAAGAAAUAAAGAAAUAAAAAAACGUUUCAAACUUGAAUUCCGAAAUGUACUUGGUACCGAUAGGUCAAUGAACUACUUCACUAUUGGUGAUUUUGCCGUUAUUUCUGCCAUAAAUAAUAUAUCGAUGAUGCAUCCGCCGAUUUCAGUGCUAACCCAAGAUGAUUCCGAUGUUAAAUAUUGUAAUGCAAAAAAUUUGCCAGCAAACUGUGAUCGUCAAGAUCUUUGCAACUGCAUUCAUUUAAUUCCGCUUAAACUGUGUGAAGUCUAUGAGUUCUUCUUGUACGACAGUGGAAGACGUGGUGGCUCUAUUCACCAUCCGAUUCAUCUGCAUGGUUAUGGAUUUCAAGUGGUGGAUAUGGGGAGCAUGGAACAAUAUAAAAGUGGUAGCACAGCCUUCGCAGACUCUUCGAAGCUACCCCCGGUUAAGGAUGUUAUAAGCGUUCCCAGUGGAGGUUUUGUUCGAUUGAGAUUUAGAUCAUGUAAUGCGGGAUAUUGGCUAUUGCACUGUCACUUCGAAUUCCAUAUGCAUACCGGCAUGAUGGCUAUUAUUAAAGUAGGCGAAAAAGAAGACAUGGUAAAACCGCCACCAAAUUUUCCAACUUGUGGUGACUAUUUACCAAAGGUUUCGUUUCCACAAUCUUGUGAUAGCCCCUGUAAAAUGGCUAAAAAGAGCAAACAUCAUCUAAAAAAGUUGAAAAAAUCACCACAAAAUGUCAAAAAAUCGCGCAUAAGAAACAGAAUAUCCGAAAAAAUUAAAACAUUCAUCAAAAAUUUAUGAAUGUCAACGCAAAACUCAAUGUUAAAAUCAAAAUUUCAAAGGAAUGUGCUUUUCUGCAGUUUAAAAUCAAAAAUUUUUCGCUGCUUUUGCAAAUUUUUUAUUUUAACUUUAUAGAAACAACCAUUUUACAUGAUGUGUAAAACGCAUGACAUUUGUUAGUAUAUACUCUAAGUUAGUGUAUUCAAAAUACAUCACAAUAAUAUCUUCCAAGCCAUUGAAGAGAACUCGAUUUUUUACGUGCAUUCCUGUAGUGAUUAAUGAAUAAAUGAAGUUUUUGUCUUUCACAA